UAUGUUUUGCGAGUACAAAUAUCGCCUCCUUAGGCUACGGCCGGGUGCCUGAGUGGCUCUCCACUUAAACCGGAAAAAGCGAAGGAACCUGCUCAUUUUCAGUCCUAAAAUGACGACGUUUGCAGCGUGCUCUCCGAUUUCCUUGCUAGGCUCUUUUUCCUCCAUCUCUCGAGUUUCCUCUCCAAUUCGGCUAAACUCACAUUUUCAUAACAGCCACUGUAAGUUUCAAAUCAAGUGCAGUUAUGCAGAUGCAAAUGUAAAUGUUGAUUACGGAUCUUCUACAAUUGAUGUUGUCGCUGAUGUAAAGACUGAAAGGGUUGUAGUCUUAGGAGGAAAUGGGUUUGUUGGUUCUGCAAUAUGCAAGGCUGCUGUGUCUAAAGGCAUAGAAGUUAUAAGCCUAAACAGGUCAGGACGCCCGACUUACCCUGGUUCAUGGGUAGAUCAGGUUACUUGGAUAUCAGGUGAUGUUUUCUACGCAAACUGGGAUGAAGUUCUAGUUGGGGCCACUGCUGUGGUUUCAACCCUUGGAGGUGUUGGUAGUGAAGAACAGAUGCUAAGGAUUAAUGGGGAGGCAAACAUUACUGCAGUGAAUGCUGCAAAGAAUUUUGGAAUUCCCAAGUUUAUCUUGAUCUCAGUGCACGACUAUAAUCUACCAUCAUUUUUACUCUCGGCUGCAUACUUCACCGGAAAAAGGAAAGCUGAGUCAGAGGUUCUUUCCAAAUAUCCGAACUCUGGUGUGGUGUUAAGACCAGGUUUCAUAUAUGGAAGAAGGAGAGUCGAUGGUUUUGAGAUUCCCCUGGAUUUAAUUGGGGUACCUUUGGAGAGAAUUCUUCGUGCUACUGAAAACAUUAACAAGGUAUUUAGUUCUCUUCCAGCUUCAGAUCUCCUCUUCGCACCACCAGUUAGUGUCGACGAUGUCGCACUUGCAGUGAUAAAUGCAGUAACAGAUGAUGACUUCUUUGGCAUCUUUACAAUAGAGCAAAUCAAGGAAGCUGCACAAAAAGUAAAAGUAUUAAAUUGAUCUCAGUAAAAUGAACUAUAGCAGUUAAUUAUGAGUUCUGGGCAACAAAUGUUUGUAAAGGUACUGUAAAAAGCAAAAAACAAAAAACUUGUUGAACUACUGGCUGCCUUUAAAGCUGCAUAGUUAUAGCUAUUACAGAUGUUCCUAUGAAUGUUUUUUCUUCC